UCUCGAUUUUUAUCCUAAGAUAGCGCGUAUAGCCGUAUCGAUCUUCGUAACUGCGGAUAGGAAAAAAAAGAUCAGUCGCAUAAAUGGAACCGCAUUUACGUAACUUAUCAGUACUCAAUUGCAGCUGCUUUUUUCAUUUUUUCACCAUCAUGCGGUCAGGCAUACAUAUGCGCGUAUUAUAAUAUUAUACCCUCUCGCGCAAAUAAGAGUAUAUAAGACAAACAAGUUCGCCCGCAUCUAAAGGCCGCAUCGUCCGUAACAGCAGCCGUCGCGCAUCUCGUCGUCAUCGUGACGAUCAUCUGGAUUCUGAUGUCCCACGAUCACAGCUGCUUAGUUAUAGUGCAGCGCAAAAGAGCAGCGAGACACUAUACUUAUAUGUAUACUUAAUACUUAUAUAGUUAGACAGUCGUAAACAUGACGCAAUGCGCGACGCGCGUUCCCCCAGUAACCGGUCGCUAAAUCGAGAAUAAAAAAAUCACAAGUCAUAAGUAAUCUCUCUCUCUCUUUCUCUCUCUUUCUCUUCCUCCUCUCUCUUUCUCUCGAGAGUCGAGUUUUCGGUUUGGAGAGAAUGCCGCACCGAAGGCUACAAUAGCGAACGGUCGUGCAGGGGGCGAGAGUCAGAAGAGGGAGAAACUCCAUCAGAGAGAUCGAGUCGGGGGAGUUAUGACUCACUGCUGGAACCGUGCAAAGUUCAUUUUUUUCCCUCCUUCCGUUCUUUUCCUCGACUAACAAGUCACAAAAACUAAUAACCUAUAAGACGACCUUUUCUUUGCGUAUGAUCGAAACUGCGCUUCUCUCUACUAUAUACUGCAGUGGACCAGCAUUUAUUUCGGAGCGCAGAGAACACGUCACGCCACCGACAGUACCCCCCUAUAUCUCUAUUUAUUUUUCUUAGGUUAAAAGCGAAGAUUCGCGCGGCUGGAGGAUAAUCUUUCCCGAAAGAGACUAUACGUCGAAGAAUUCCCGCUGAUAGCGAGUGCUGCCAAAUAACGUACUCUAGAAUGUCUGAAGACGCAAGUGGAUCAAAGAUGGAUGAAACUGCGUCAGCCAUGACUCAGUGCUAUGAAAAUUACGUCUUGGUUGAUGUUGGAGCAAACCUGACCAAUAAAAAGUACAGCCGUGAUUUGGACAGUGUCAUACAAAGGGCCAAGGAUGCAGGGGUUCAAAAAAUUAUGGUCACCGGAGCCAGCAUACGAUCUAGCAAAGAGGCAUUGCGUCUUACGAGGAUUUAUCCUGGAAAUUUGUACUCGACAGCUGGUGUCCACCCUCACGAUGCCAAAUCCUGGGAGGGCAUGGACACACUGGAAGAGUUAGAAAGUAUAGCUAACAAUCCAGAAUGUGUUGCCAUAGGAGAAUGUGGAUUGGACUAUAACAGAGAUUUUUCAGAACCAGAAAUACAACGAUCUGUGUUUCAAAAGCAAGUUGAGCUUGCUUGUCGUUUGAACAAACCUCUUGUUAUCCAUGAACGAGGGGCUCAAGAAGAUGUACUUAAAGUAUUAAAAUCCUUCGCAGAUCAUUUACCGCCAGUGCUCAUCCACUCAUUCAUUGGCACAGCAGAAGAAGCACAAGUUUAUUUGGAUCACGGUUUUUAUUUAGGAAUAACAGGCUAUCUGUGUAAAGAUAAGUCUGAUAGCGGCGUGAGGCAGCUGUUGGAGGGUGGACAGGUCUCACUGGACAGAAUUCUCGUAGAAACCGACGCUCCGUUCAUGUACCCCAACACCAGAGCUAGUAAACUGCCGGUCCACGUCAAGGAUGCGUUGACAGAACGAUCCAUGACCUUCCUACAACGCUACUGCACUUUCCAGCGUAACGAGCCUUGCGCGUUGCCGGCUAUUGUUGAGAUGGUUGCGGCAUUCAUGCACAAAACGCCGGAAGAAGUAGCGCUUGCUACUGCUUUCAAUGCUCUCAAAUUGUUCGGUCUGAAUCAAUGAUUGUUGAUGAUAAGCGAGGCGCAAGUGGUGCUAGCUCUGGGUGCUGUCGUCAUCCCGUGGAUCGUUGAUCAUCACAUUGAUCAGAAUGAUGGCUUUUACGCUUGAAUACGCAAUUUCUUACUCUUUUUUUACUUUAGGAACAUAUAGAAUUUAUAUAUCCAAUUUAUUUGUAUUCAGUGUAAUCUUAAGCCAACGCGCACUGGACUCUGAGUCAACCAUACACCUGGUGCAAUAAAAAAAUUUAUAUCUUGACGAUAUAUCCGUUUAUUGCUCUGAUAUAGAAACAUUGUCAUUAAAGAAGUUUUUUAAGGCUUUGAAAGAUUUUAAUCGAAAACGACGACGUAAAUUAAUUGUGCGUCGAAUUUGAAGUGAACGACGAUACGAUACGAUGUUUUAAAUUGUAAAACAGUUGUGCGAUAAAAAUGUGUAUAUUUUAUUGUUGACAUAUUGCCUAUUUUCAUAAGAAUAAAUUAUUAUAUAAUCAAAAACAA